GCAUGGAUUGGCGUGGUGUCAAGGCCCCCACAGCCUCCAAGCGCCCGGCAGGAAGACCAGGCGCGCCCUGCGCCCGUAUUCCUCGGUCUCGCGCCUGUCUCGCAGCGAACCGUCGCCAGAAGGCUGAAGGCUGACCGCUGCCCAGAUGCCCUCCUGUGCCCAACUGUGACCCGUCGUCCCUCAACCACCACCGUCACAAAAUGCUGCGAUGCCGGAAAUAACCUUCAUCUUUGGACCGAACAACAGCUUCUUCUUUGACUGUCCAAAGUCAUGGAAAUUUCACAACAUCCCCCAGACGCUCCGCCAGCUCUUUAAUUCAUCUAUGAGCCCGGCAUGGCGGAUCACCCAGCCGUUCUGUCUCGCGCUCGCGCCGCAGGUUAAUUCGCCGGAGCCAAUAUGGUACAUUGGAUGCAAAGUCCUGAAUGGGGAGGAGAAGAUCUUCUACUCGCAGACCUACUUCGACAUCAACUACCCGGACCUCUCGCGCUGGAUCAAGACAGUCCCUAAUGCGUCGCGCUCGUGCUUUGUCACCUUCGGAACCGGCUAUGCUUUCUACGCAUCCGCACCAGGUAACGGGUCAUGCUGGGCCGGAAUACCGUCGGACCUGAGCGACAAGAUACAGAAGGCGUUUGAUACGCCAUGCUGCGUAGCGCUAGGGAUGGAUAAUGCGUGGUUUGUGAUGUGGCCCGACGGCUACUACUCCUGGAAGUUCUAUGGCGGCUAUGGCGGCCUCGACAGAAUUCUGACGGACGCGGAGCCGCGCUCGGUUUCUUAUCUCGCAAUCUCGCCGUAUAACAAGGAGCACUACUUCGUAGCCUUCCGCGACCGGACCGUCAAGUACAACUUCGUAGGCGCACCACCGGAAUGGAUGCAGCAGAUGCAGGAAGUCUUCAACGCGUGGCAGGCCGAGAUGAUGGGGGUAGCGCAUCCGCAGCCAUUCGGCCAGCCGCAGAACGUCCCAUACGCUCCACAGCAAUGGAACCCGAAUCUGGCGCAGCCGCCUCCCUCGAUCCCCGGAUUCCUGCCUCCACAAUCCCCGAAUACACCUGCGUCAAAUCUCUCGAAUGUCACAACACCUGCAAUGUCACCAAACGUGGCGUACGCGUACAUGGCGCCGCCUCAGCCAGGAGCGGUUGAGAUGGCGGGGAAUGCCGUACCUGCCGCCGGUACUAUGCUUGCAGUGCCAGCGCCUGCCGUUAGCCGGACUUCUUCGACAGACAAAAAGAAAAAGUUUCUCUCCAGGUUUUUCAAUUAGCGAAGCGCGUUUCUCUACUAGCAUUCACACAUCGCUCCCGAUGUGUAUCCCGAUACGGUGAGCCAGAGAGGUUGUAGUCGGCUUUCCCAUCCCGACUCCCUAGGGAUUUCGCAUCUUCGCUGGUGUCUGAUGGAUACCCGGAAACAUUCUGUUCUACGCAAGGGUAAUACUCUCCAAGAUUUUUUGGAUAUGAUUGGAAGCUAUGCGUACGUUUAUACCCAAUUCUGAGUCUCUUCCUUUCGUAUUCUCCUUGCGAAUUAUAUAUUAUGAUGAUAGGACGCCAUGGUCUAGGCGAACCGGUAUACCUCAGUCAUAGUCCAGAUUGGCUG